CAUAAGUAGCACAAUACUUAUAUAUUCAGAAACAUCCAUAGGAUGAACCAACAACACCAUGAGAUAGGUACAGUACUAAUAUCGGAAACAUCCAUAGGAUGAACGAAGGACAACAUGAGAUUGGUGUGUGCACAAAAUAAAGGUAAAUGCACGACUUUUAAGCCACAAUAUUUACUCAUGCGACAAUUAGAAAUAACAUAAUUCGCCGUGUUUUCUGAUAUGUGAACUCUACUCUAGCAUAUGGUCAAAAUAUCAUACAAAACUUGCAGUAAAUUCUCCGAAUCAACUCGCAUAGCAGGAUCAGUUUCUGAAGAAAGCAAAUCAGGAUUUCCGAAAAUUUUAAGGACACGAUUCAAGACCCAUGCUGCGGUUCCUAACAAACUACUUAACAAGACAAUAUUUUAUUACAAUCUCUGUCACAUCAAGCAUCAAACAUAUUAGCUCCAAGUUCCUUCCUAAGCAUAGCAUAUAUUUUCCAUACACAGCUAAAUAACGUGCUGCUUAGCAUUUCCAAGGAUACACAAGGUGAUAGUUGAUAUACCAUCACAAGAGUGCAGACACGAAUAAAAGGAAGGCAUCAUGUAACAUCCAAGAAAAAAGAUGCCUUAUAUGAAAAUUCAAGGCUCCCAAUACAAAGAGGUUGGUCUCAAAUGAUUUUUUCUUUGUUGUUUGUUAUGAAGUUUAGUUUAAGUAACAAUAUUACUGUGUCUUAUCUAAUGAGAAUUACUUCUUUUAGGUAUCAGUUAACCUGUCAAAUGACACUGUUGUGGAGGCACGCGUGUUGUUUUUUAAUGACCAUUAUGGCGUUUCUUUUCUGGAUAUCAACACGGAGUUUCCUUUGGUGCCGGCUACUUUGGGCUCUAAACCAUACUAUGGACAAAAUGUGUUUGUCUUAGAUAGAGAUGAUGAGUAUGCUUUGGUUGUUAGCCACGGUUCGAUUCUGUAUUUGGAGAAACCUUUAUUUGAAAGGAACGACUACAUGUUUGCCAGCUAUAAUAGCUCUUUGGUAAAAAAAAUGUAUUCUGAUGUUUCGUAUGCUUGUUAUAUCAUGCUGAACUCAUGUUUAACCUUCUUCUAUUUUUAAUGCAGACUUGCAUAUGUGGGCCGGUAAUUGACAAUAAUGGCGAGGUUAUAGGGCUGAUUACCUCACAUCUCCCACAAUCAGCCAUUUUAUCUUUCUCCAUAGCGAAAAAGUGCAUCCAGAUGUGGAAUAAAUUUGGGUAUGUUCCUAUAUUUUAUCGUUUAUAACAAAACUAUAUCAAGGAGACUUUUAGUUAAUGACUAUUCCCAUCCAGAAUUAUUUGGCUCUAGAAUAUCGAUUAGUCUGUGGAACUGGCUUAAUAGAGGUCCAGCAAGGAAUCGUCCCCUGAGUCUUGGUUGGACUUAUCGUCUAGAGUAGGGAGACUCUGAAUCUGUUUGAAUUAUUUGGUAGUCCUAGCAACCAUGAAUAACAUAAGCAUAUUUGCCCAUUUGACUAGGACAUUAAUAGGCUAGAUACCUACUACAAUUUGUGCAAUAUUGACCAGACAUCUGUGCAAGACUGGGAUCCAACUAAUUCUAAGCCUAUUGCCUAAGACUAGCACAAAACUAUUGGUCCGACACACUUCAAAAUUGAGCAAAAAUUGAAUGGACGAACAGUUUAGAGCCUUUGCCUGCGGUUAAUUGAUCAAACUGGUGGUAACGUUAAGUUUGAUCAUUUGGAAAUGUCUGGAUCUACAAUUAUUUGCUAGAUAGGAGUACUAAAGAACCUGACUUGUUGCAGCUGCAUUGCUCAUCCUAUUCAUCACCUUGAGCUAAAGACUGCGGAUGUUGGAUACGGUUUACAGAGAUGAGCUUCGGGCCCGCCACAGUAUCAACAGUGGAUUUAUUGUAGCUCAGGCGUGUCAUGACUCUACCAUUGAAAAGAUUGGCCUCCGAAGAGGGGAUGUGAUUGACUUGGAUCAUCGUUCUACUGUAGUUGAGCUUGAAGAAUUUCUUCUUGGUCUUGGUUGGGUCUUCUUGGAGAAGAAACUUGAUUCGCACUCGACCAUAGAUGUCAAGAUACGAGUUCAUGAUAUUCGUGCAAAAACAAGUGUUUGUACUAUUUUACCUAUGGGAUUCAGCGAUGCUGUAGUGCACUCAUACCAUUCAUCAGGUAGGUGGCCCAACUUGCUUACCUGGGAUAGUUUAGUAAUUUAGAUGAGAAAGUUUCUUCCUUUUUCUUAAUCCAAAAUGACUAUCCGGUUUUACUAUUGCUGAUGCAUAUGAAUUUACUCUGUUUAUGUAGUCGCUACGUGCACAAUGGUCAACAUACACAGUUUGUUUCAUUAUUGUGUAAACUAGGCUUAAACAAAUAUUAACCAUAAAAUGCUUUACUUAUUUGGGUUUCUGUAUACUGCAGCCUCAUCCCAGGCCGUGAGACCGUGACGAUGUGAAUUAGGGAUCUCAUCAUGACAAAGAUUAGCUUAGGUCGGUGUAUGGUUCGUGGCUCUAUGCUGGUCUCACUGUAAACAUCAUCUCAGGAUACAGCAAUAGUCAGCACCGGCGACACCUCAGUCUUUGCUAAAAUUAAGGUUUGCUCUAUGCUUUUAGUUUUUUCCCCCUUGCGGGUGACUAUGCUUUUAGGUAUCACUUGCCGCUAACUUGGAUGACUCAUUGUGAUGAGUGCUUCAACAAACGUCUUAUAUUAAGUUAUAUAGGGAGUAUCUAUGUUGAGCCAAUCGUUCAGUCUAAAAUUUGAGCAGCCUUGAACACAACGCAUGCUCAUGGCCAGAGGUAGAGUAAUAGCAGAAAAGUUAUUCUAGUACUCCCUCCGUUCCUAAAUAUUUGUCUUUUUAGAGAUUUUCAACAAGUGACUACAUAUGGAGCAAAAUGAGUGAAUCUACACUCUAAAAUAUGUCUAUAUAUAUUCAUAUGUGGUAGACUGGUAGUCCAUUUGAAAUCUCUAAAAGGACAAAUAUUUAGGAACGGAGGGAGUAUUUGCUUAUAAGCUUAUUCAGAAGGAGUGCUACAUAGGCAUAUGCUAAAGGGAGAGGAAUCCUUUAAUUAUUUAUUUCUCGGCCUGGGCCCAACUAUGUAUAGAAAUCUAUGUACUCCCUCCGUUUCUAAAUAUAAGUCUUUCUGAUAUUUCAAUAUGGACUGCAUACAGAUGCAUAUAGACGUAUUUUAGGGUGUAAAUUCAUUCAUUUUGCUCUGUAUGUAGUCUAUAUUAAA